AUGGGUGCGAGAAGCAGUAAGGCGGUGGCGGUGGUGAGCCGGAGAUACUCAUCUGAAAAAGAGGUGGUGCUAGUGGUGCGGCGAAGACCGCAUAUGGUGAACGGAGGAGGAUUCGAGGUGAGCAAUAGCUAACAACAAGUAGUGUUUAGAGUUGAUGGGUGUGAAGUUCUUGGAACCAGAGGCAAGCUGCUCUUGAGAAAUGGUGAUAGUAAUAAUUUGCUUCUCAUCCGCGAAAUGGGAGGAAUGGUGCAAGCACUGAAUUUUGGAUAUGAUAAUGAGGGAAUGCAGAAGUCGGUCAAAGGCUCUUUCGCAGAUCGAGCUUGCAACAUCAUAGAUUCAGAUAGCAGAGCCGUAGCUCAGGUAAGAAUAAAGAACGACAUGGAGGAAAACAAGAAGGAUAUUUAUCAUAUAAUAGUCAAAGCAAAGGUGGAUCAAGCUUUGAUACUCGACUAUAUUCAUGGCGAAUCCACUAUCUGUUGA